GCACCGCUCCCAGUUUGCCGGGAAAAGUACCCGGUUCGCAUCGAACAUAACCUCAUACUUACAAAAAAUAAUUUCUUUUUAUCCUUUGUGUCUAGCGUAUCUAGUUACACCAAGAAAAUGACAAACCGCUCGAAUUAUCGCGUUAAAGUUGAUUUAUCAAAAUACCAUCAAGAUGCCCGUCGUUUCAGCUGGGUUUACGUAAACAGUACUAAUGUUUGGUUCAUUAGUCACCUGAAACGACACAUCAGAGAGAUUUUCGGUAUCAACGAACCGUUUCAUCUUCUCUUGAACGGCAAUGAAUAUUUACCACCGGCUGAGGACGUUCGCGUGCUCAAUGAAAAUGAAAUUAUUGUUGUCGAACCUGGAUCUGGGAUGAGUAAUGAAGCUGCAUCAUCGAUGUCACUGCCAUCAUCGGACAUGGAAAAUGGUUAUGUAAAAGACACAUCAAUGGACGAUGCUGCUUCGUACCAAGUACGAAAAAAACACAAAGAAAAUGGAUUUUCAAAUGAUACCCGCAAAUCGGAUGUAACAAUGUACCACAGCAUGAUGAAUGUUACGGAGAUAGAAAGCGGCUCUGAUUUCAAGCAGAAAGAUGACAGUAUUGUUACGGAUUCCAGUGUAAUGGAAACGAAUUCCAACACCGUAAAUUUUGAUCUUGCACCUUCCCACAAGCGUAAAAGGAUUCGUCGCAAAAAGUCAUCGAAACAAGGAGAAAAAACGCUCAACGAAAGCUUGGAUCGAAGCGAAAAUGAAAACAAGGAGCCAAAGUUCAACAAGCCGAAGGUGGUCGGCAUGUGCAUUCUGCCCACCACCAGCACGCACAUUCGAUUCGACAAUUUGGACAAUAACUCCCAGAAAGCUGAGGACGAGCCAACUGGUGUGGCGACCUACAAUAAAAUCAACCCGAACGGUUCUGUUUUACCAUCCCUCAAAAAUUCAAAACUCGCGAAGCUUUCGAGUCUUCUUGACUUAAAAAACUGCUCUUCCCCGCUAACCUUUGCUCCGAACAAACCAAAGCACACUAACAGCUCUGAAAUGCCCAACGACAACGAGAAUUCGAAGGGAAAUGAUGACUCAAGGGGCAAAUAUGACAAUGUGAAACCGGAAGAAUAUCCGAGCCUCGAAGCCGCAACAGAAAUCGGUGACGUCGUUGCUUUCAAAGUUUUGAGAAUGGGGAGCGAAUACACGCCCGAAUUGUCGGCCUACAUAAUCGCGAGGACUCUGUCCUGGUGUGCCAAGAAGCAGAUGUACAAGUUCCAAAUUCUCAGAGGACAAGAAGAGCUGAAAGCCCCUUCGGGUAAAUUUUCUCUGAUAAACGACGAGGCUCAAGAAGAGAAAGACGACACGGUUGAAUACAAUUUUUGCCAACUCUCCGAGCCACGACUGAUCGAUAGAAAAUCGAGCCACGCGUAAUUUUAUUUCAUCCAACCGACUACUUUUGUUCCUGUCUUUUAAUGCUACGUGUACUUCUUACUGACUUGAAAACAAAUAUUUAUAUAAUGUUUUAACGUACUGUGAUCGGUUAUAAGCUUUUCCAUGUCUCUUUAAGAGAGAAAACAAACAAAUAAUUGAACUAAGAAGAAAGUUUGUUAUAGUAUUGGAAGCUUUUUGUUCAAUGUUUUCAAAAAUAAUUUUUUCAUUCUAAAAA